UGUUCAGAGAAUCAAAACCUAAUCGAGUGAAACGUAGUAGCAUACAUUUCUUAUCUGUGUUUUGUGAUUGGUUCAUUCAUGGCUCUUUCCUUUUCUCACCACGCUCUUCUCCAUGGAAACAAAACACCUUUUACUCUGCAAUUUCAAUGCAUCACUUCAUCAAACCCCAACAACGCAAACAUAUUCACGUACCCUUCUAUUCGGUGUUGCUCAAGUUUGAACCAAAAAAGCAGCAUCAACCUCAGAACUUGCAAGAACUGCAAAACCCAAUUCGACCCUUCUCUCAAUCACCCUCUUGCUUGUCGAUUUCACACUGCCCAUUUUGGAGGAGAAACUAAGAGAAAGUUUGAGAGUGUGUAUGAAGGGGGCACCAUGAGUACACCUGACUCUGGCAAAGUUUUUCAGUAUUGGCAUUGCUGUGGUUCUGAAGAUCCAUUUGAUCCUGGUUGCACAUCUUCUCCUCAUACCUCAUAUGAUGAUUGAUUCAUCAUCGUCAUCCAUGAAUCAAAUUCACUUCUUCCAUUUAUUUUUCUUGUAGCUAUAUAUGGAAUAUUCUAAACUCUUGUAUAAAUUUUAGAUUCCCUGAAUAAUUUUGGAAAAUUUAAAUGUUGCUCAGAUGCAAAACAAAGUUUGUGACUACAUAUCUAAUAAUCUGGCACCCAAAGGGUAUAAUUUUCUUGUA